UCUGGACUAGGAAAGAAUUGAGAUACACUGUCUCUUUCUUUGGGGCUUCGGCUGUACUUACUGUCACCAUUAAUGAGAGCUUUUCUGUAAUUUCUAAAUACCUGGAGUAGUUCUAUCAGUGGUAUCAGAGCACAUCGACACUGUGGAGGGUCUUUAAUCGUGCAUAAAUGGAUUUACGUAUGAACAAGCUAGUGAAAUCAAUGGAGAAAACUAAGAUGACUUUGGUGGCAAUACAGGAGACACUCACAAAGCGGAACAGCGACCAGAAUCGAUCGAGGAAUCGAUUGCUUACUCCGCGCAGCUCCCAUCGCACUUUGCAUCUUGAACACGCGAGAAAGUCCGCUAGUCCACAGGGAUCAGAAGAGUUACCUCUAUUCAACGGGGAUGAAGUGUACGGAUGGAUAGUUAGGAUGUAUACUGCGGAAGAAGAUAAGGUUGAAGUCGCAGCAGACGCGAUGGAGGAAAGGGCGUUUGAAUGGUUUCAAUGGUGGGAAACUCAAAUGAGAGAUAACAGUUGGGAGGAUCUAAAGGAAGCGACGACUAGGCGUUUCCCACCGAGACGCAGACGGAAGACAGAAAACCAGGAAUCAUCACGAUCGCCAAGAACUUCUCUGAGUUCGCAAUCUUCGACGCGAACUACUGCUUCUUCUAGUUCACACUCGCGAAAGGCUUCUUUUAGUUCGCAAUCGUGAACUUCUUCUCAGAGUUCGAAGUCGGGAACAGUUUCUUUCUGUUCACAGACUUCCUCACCGGCCCUCAGUUCGCGUCCAAGAAAGUCGCCAGUCGAUUCUCACUGUUCGCAUUCUUCGUCUCAAGUCUUUUCUCUGGGUUUACAAGUUUCUCACCCUGCACAAGAUCUUCCCCAGUCAAUAAAGAAGACCGAGAUGGAGCCAACUGAAUCUGUAAUCAAGAAAAUGAAUAAGAAGGACGAAAUCGAGGAGCAAAGACAGAUUAUUCAAUGGCCAGAUUAUGUUUCUCCUAAUCUUGCAGAUGAUGUGUAUUUAAUUCCCAGCCAAGUUUCUAUUGUUGAUUUGCUUAUUCAUCCAUGUUCCUUUGGAAGUAGAGUCCUAAUGGCUUCUGAAACUAGAUUACUUAAAAUUAAGGAUAUUACAGAAGAUAAAACUGUUCUUGUCAAAAGACAACAGCCUCGACAACCAAAGGAAAUGUUUUGAGAAAAUUCAUGCCUGGAACAAAAGAGGUCUGGUCCAGUCCCAGUGGUUCACAAGGAUCAUGUUUUAUUUUCUUUCUGGAGAAUCUGCUAUCAUCUGGGGAAACCGCACACAGAUUCAUGAUGCUGACAAGUCUAGCCAUUCCCAACACCUUGGCAGAAAUUCACUGCCACUUGCAACUUUAAUUGUCAAAAACUUAGCAGGUUCUUUACCUGCUGAUGUAUCCAAAUGGGUGCAAGAAAAGAGGGCAAAGUCUUCAGGCUAUGGUACAUUAUUGGAUUACUUAACUGAGGAAUCAUUUAUGCAAGUUGCAGAAGUACAAGAAGCAGAAUGGUACAAUAUUGGAUUACUUAACUGAGGAAUCAUUUAUGCAAGUUGCAGAAGUACAAGAAGCAGAAUUGCAGCCAUGGGUUGAGAGCAUGUUAGACUACCCCAAGCUUGACUUACACAAUCCAUGUAAAGCACCUGCAAGUUAUCUCAUGUUGGGAGACAUCUCUGCAAAGACAGCUCUAUCCUUUCCUGAUGUUUUUGACUUCUUCACAAGGUUAUUACAGAGGAUGGCUCUUAAGAGUUACCAGCAAGCUCUAGACGCAGUUGUUGAUACAUCAAAAUUUUUAAAAAAAUUCUAUGGUGAUCCGGUCCAUUUUCUGGCAAGGUCUUUUGGAAUGGCAGAAAAGUAUCUGGGACAGAACAGCCCUUGCUUUCGUUGGACUUAUGGUCCUUUAGUAAUUGUUACUUCCUUUGAUUUUGCAAUGGAGCUUUCUGAUUUUCAGCUGAUGGGUGCAUUAUACAAAGGAAAUAAGCCUAGUCUUAAAGUUGACAGCAGGGUGUGCAGUAUAAUGGAACAAAUGCUACUUCGGGUUCAUGAUUGGGGAAUACCAUUGGAGAUUGUUGAAUUCUUUUGACAUGUGUGUGGAUGAAGUUCUGUAUGAGCUAUUCAGUGAGAAGUUUCACUCAAGGGACAUGCAAAGCUGAGGCUGGUCAAGAGUUUUUCAUCUUGAGGACAGGGAACUUCUGAUACCGCCAUCAACGAGGGACAGGGAAGGGAGAGGCACCAGGAGGAAGCUGAAUUCCAGGCUUGGUUCCUAUCUCCCCACCUUGAGGACAGGUGGAUUCUCAGGAGGGAGUAUUGAUAGACACCCGAGUGAAGCUGCUAGUACUAAUAAUGAUAAUAAGCAUUACGGGAAGGUCUAUAGUAGGAGAAAGAAGUAUAACAAUUAGUUAGUUGCUGAGGUGUAAUUUCUGUUUGUAUUCUGAAUAGAAUAAACAGCUGGGAAAGGGGAGUUAGUAAGUAGGCUGUUAGGUUGUUAGUCUGGACUGGGAAAGAAUUGAGAUACAUUCAACAUUGUCUCUUUCUUUGGGGCUUCGGCUCUACUUACUGUCACCAUUAAUGAAAGCUUUGAGUUGUUUCUUGAAUACUCUUUCAUCUUUUCUGUAAUUUCUAAAUACCUGGAGUACUUCUAUCACAGCUGAAGAAGCUCCCCCAUCACCAUCAGUAAACACUUCAUCAACCUAUGUUCCGUUUCAACUGCCAUCAACAUUGCUUCCCACACAACAACUCCUAGGGGCUAGAGCCAGUGCUGUCCCAGCACCAAUAAUGCACACUGCCCCACCCCACAAGCUUCCAAAACAAGCUACUUGGACUUUCCGGAUCCAUUUUGGUCAACUACAACUGUCCCAGAGUACCAUUAUAUUUGAAGGGAGUUUUUAAUGGAUGUUGAUCACCUUCACCUUAGUCCCACCUAUAAGACAAACUUUCUAUGCCAGGUUCAAGUUUUCAAGUUUGAGGACAAGUUUGAAUUUGGAGGAUGGGUGUAUUAAUGCAUGCUAUAUUGUAAGAUUACGUAAAGGUAAAAGAUCAAGUAAUUGAUUGAGGAGAUUGAUAGCUAGUGGUUGGUUUUAAUACUUUAAUAGCAUAUCUAUUUUAGGAAGUGAUUAUCUUGGAUUUUCCUUUCCUUAUUUUAGUCAUUCAUAUGAUUGCAAUCCCUAUUAUAAUAGGGAGUUUUGCUAUGCUAAUAAAAUACUCCGUAUCCAAGAAAGAGUUAAGUAGAAAUCAAGGAGAAAGAAAACUCCCAAAAUUCCAAAGAGAAGGAAAAGUCCCUAAAUUUCCAUCGCCCCUUCCCGUCUAUCAUUUUUCAAGAUUUUAUUUGCUAAAAGAGAGUGGAACAAGUAUUUCAUAGUUUCCUUUGAAGAAAAUUACAACCAUUAAAUAAAGGCAAUGGAAGUAGUUACAAAUUUACAAUUAGUCAAUUCAAUAUUACUGCAUACUCCCUCCGUUCUUUUUUAGUUGCAACGGGCAACAUUUCACAUUUGCCAACGCACGUCUUUGACCGUAAUUAUAUCUUAAUUCUAUUAGUAAAAAAUUAUUAAAAAUCAGAUUUUGAAAAAUUAUAAUGACUAAUGAGAUGAAUUGAACAAAUUUUUUUUUAAAAAUAUUUUCAUAAAAUAAUAGCGUGAAAUUUAGUCAAAGUAGAGCAUGUGAAUAGUGUAAAAUUCAACAUGUUGCGAUUAAAACGGAACGGAUGAUAGUAUUGAAUCAUAUAGCAGUCAUAGUUAUAUAUUUCAGCAAAUAUGUAUUUGUAGUUAUUGGAUUACCUUCUUUAAACACUCAUAUAUAAUAGGAAUAUACCGCCGAGAUGCUACCUUAUAUUCUUAUGUGUUGGGCUAAUGAUAUGAGUUUUCUCGCAC